AUGAGUGACGAAUCGUUUGAUCAUUUAUCUGAUCAUUUACAAUCGAUACAAAUAGAAGAUGAAGAUGCAUCACGUUAUUAUAUUAAUUAUAUAAGUGAAUCAGACGAAGAUGAAGCUGGUCUCCCAGAUUCGACACAAAUUGAUGAUGAUAUCGACAUAUCAUUAUUACCACGAGACUUAAUCAUAACACCAAUCCCACAUGAGUUAUUUACAAAUGAUCAUCUAAAAACCGAAUUUGAAGCUAUAUUUCGACAAUUUGAUCCGAAUAUAACUGUAUUAUAUUUAAAAUUUUUUCAACGUGUUCGUAUCACAUUUACAAACUCAUUAAACGCUCUACGUGCUCGUAUUAAUAUACAUGAAUAUGAUUUCCAUGGAUUUAAAUUUAAAACAUAUUUUGCUUGUCCAUUGCCUAUUCGAUCAACAGAGACUUAUCUACGUCCUCCCGAACCCGAAAAAUUAUUUCUAAUCUCACCACCAGUCUCUCCGCCAAUUGGUUGGGAACAAAAAGUCGAAGACCCACCAGUGGUUGAUUUUAAUCUAUUGGCAGCUAUUGCACAAUUACAGCCAAAUGAAUCUCAUGAGGUAUUACCGAGUCAAGGAAAUUUGCCGAAGAUAAUUAUACAUACGUGUGAGGAUUUGGGUCCACAGGAUGAACACAGUAAUGCAUUAAGACAAAAAUUAAUAAAACCAACUUUAGUUCAAACAAGACGACCUCCAUCAGCUCAAUCUCAGAGUUAG